AUGUCGCUCUCUGUUCCAAAGUUCAUGAAGAGGAUGAAAGUCCCUGACUAYAAGGACAAGAAUGUCUUUGGCGUGCCCCUGAUAGUUCAUGUGCAGAGAACGGGACAGCCUCUUCCCCAGAGCAUACAGCAAGCCCUGCACUACCUGCGCAGCAACUGCCUAGACCAGGUGGGUCUAUUUCGGAAAUCUGGAGUGAAAUCCCGAAUCCAGGCCCUGCGUCAGAUGAACGAGAGCUCCCCAGAAAAUGUCAACUAUGAGGACCAGUCAGCGUACGAUGUGGCUGACAUGGUGAAGCAAUUCUUCAGGGAUUUGCCGGAACCUCUCCUCACAAGUAAACUAGGAGAGACUUUUCUGCACAUCUAUCAAUAUGUCCCCAGGGAGCAGCGGCUGCAGGCAGUACAGGCUGCCAUCAUGCUCAUGGCCGAUGAGAACAGGGAGGUCCUGCAGACCCUGCUCUGCUUCCUCAGUGAUGUCACCUCCGUGGAGGAAAAUCAGAUGACUCCCAUGAACAUUGCUGUUUGUCUGGCCCCUUCCCUCUUCCAUCUCAAUACAGUGAAGAAGGAAAGCUCACCAAGAGUAAUACAGAAAAAAUAUGCAACAGGGAAGCCAGAUCAGAAGGACCUCAGUGAAAACCUGGCAGCUACUCAGGGACUUGCUCACAUGAUAAUGGAAUGCAACAAACUUUUUGAGGUCCCACACGAGAUGAUCACCCAAUCCCGAAACUCCUAUGUUGAUGCAGAAGUGCAUUCUCUCACCCUGGACGAGCUUGGGAAACAAGUGGAUGAGGAAGGAGGGAACUAUCAGAUGUACCUGGAAAUUCUCAUGCAGAAUCUCCAAAAAGAAGCAAAAGAGAAAUUCAAAGGAUGGGUCACAUGUUCCAGUAUGGAGAACACAGAACUUGCCUACAAAAAGGUUGGGGAUGGGAACCCACUAAGGCUUUGGAAAGCCUCAGUUGAAGUUGAAGCCCCCCCAUCUGUUGUCCUGAACCGAGUGCUGAGAGAACGUCACCUCUGGGACGAGGACUUCUUGCAGUGGAAGGUGGUGGAGAGCCUGGACAAGCAGACAGAAGUUUACCAGUACGUUUUGAACAGCAUGGCUCCUCACCCCAUCCGAGACUUUGUCAUUCUGAGGACAUGGAGGACAGAUUUGCCCAAGGGGAUGUGCAUGCUGGUUGCCAUCUCUGUGGAGCACGAAGAGGCUCCUAUCAUGGGGGCUGUGCGAGCCAUCGUGAUGGACUCCCAGUACUUGAUAGAGCCCUGUGGCUCAGGUAAAGCCAGGCUGACCCACAUCUGCAGGACUGACCUAAAAGGACAUUCCCCAGAGUGGUACAACAAAGGCUUUGGACAUCUGUGUGCAGCAGAAGUUGCCAGGAUCAGAAAUUCAUUUCAACCUCUGAUUGCUGAGGGACCAGAAACAAAAAUUUGAGGAAGCAUUCCUGGGAGCAUGUGAGCUGGGAGGGAAGAGUCUGGCAGGGAACAGGAAUACUGAAAGCAAAGGUCUUAUUUAAGCWGCAGAAAUCUCACCAGACCUGGGUCUAUACAAAGCUGAGAAAGGAAUUUUAUAGGAAAGUUCUUUUAUUCUGGAGACUUCACCUUCCCCCCUCCCCCACAUCCACACUGUAAUAAUUUUGAUUAUUGAACUAAACAUUUCUUCAGAGAGCUUUUAUUACUUUAAAAACAGAUUAUUGCCAUUACUUGUACGUUACAUAACUCUGGUAUUUAAAGGCUUCUAAGAAGCAUAUUUUAAUUGUAAAUAAAUAAUGUACAGUAUGUAUAUAUUUAUCUAUAUUCUAUCUAUCUAUAUAUAUGUAUAUGUAUAAAUUAAUUAUUUUGUAUAUAACCCAGUGCAAACCACUUGCAUCAUUUGGACCUGAAGUGGAUCUGUCACUUGUUUUUUAGUGUGUCACUGCUACAUAAGUUGUGUUUGCUGUUGUCACAGGGCUACCAAGCAUAAUUCGUGUGGUAACAAAUGCCUGCACUCAAAUAUGUUUUGUGUUCKUGUGUGCUAUAAGAAGGUACCCAGAAAUAGAUGUUGGAAGAAGUACAGGAAACUAAGAAAGGAGGAGGUUACUGUUAAUUUAAAAAUAAUGUGGAGUCUCACCAAAUAAAAUACAUGGAGAUGCAUCGGAGACAGACAUCGUGGAGGCCAUUUAUGUUCAGCUGCAGAAUUGUGACUGUUAGAAGAAGGUGCUGGAAACUUACCUGUUGCCUUAAUUCCUGGUGUCUGUCAGGAGAGAACCUCACUGUGUGCAGUGUUCCAGGUUACUGCUCAUCCUCAGACAGCACAAAGUAAYGCUGUGUGUCCUCAGAUUUCUGAAGUCAGAGUAGUAAGUUACUAAGCUGUAAAUUAACUUUUUAAAGCAUUUUGUCUAGGUUCUGAGUGUUUCUGUUUUGUUCUUUCCUUCUCCCACAGAGAUGGCUAGUCCAAAGCAGGUUUUCCACAUCCAGUGGACACAAAGACAUGCAGAUGAACACGCCUUUUAAUAUUCUUACUAUACAAAUAACUGCGCUUUUUUUAAGGUUUUAAAUAAAUCUUGAAGAUUUAAAAGACUAAAUAAAUUAUUUUCUUGGAAAGACUGUUUUUGUAGUAACAGCAAGAAUUUUCAUCUUAUAUUGCACUGAUCUGCAUGAUCCCACCUCUGUAGACAUUGGUGGGAGCAGGAUUAGCCCUGACUAUGAGGAGCAGGAGCCAUUUAAGCCUAUUACAUAAUUUCAUUUUCAGGGACCUAUUAUUUUGCUAAUGGAAGUAUGCUUUAAAAGUAAUAAUAAUAAUAAUAAUAAUAAUAAUAAUAAUAAUAAUAAUUUGUCAGCAUUGCCUUAGAGGCAGGGUUCCAUUUUGUUUUUAACUAACCUAAGACCAAAAUGUUAUUACAUCUAGGACUCAAUAAGAAUGUACAAGCCUGUUAAUACUGUUCUUCAUUAAUUGCAUUUGUUCAUUUGGACUUCGUUGCUGCAUAAACCAGCGGAGUCGCUCACAGCCAGUGCUUCAGCUCAGUCCUUCCAACAAAAUCUAGAAAGAUCAGUAUGAGGGCAGUUAAGCAGGAUGCAUUUCUUACCAAGGUGAAGCUACAGCUUUGUGCCUCGAUUCAGUGAAUGUGGAGGUCUCUUCAAAGCCAGAGCUUUGAGCGUGCCCCAGGUGUGGGAGCGGUGCAGUGCACGGUGUUUGGUGACAGCUGCUGGAGUGUGAUUUCCCCAUGCCAUCCUGCCACACACAUGAAGGCUGUGCUGGCAGGGGACAGCCCUGCAAUCUGAGGAGCACCUGUGGCAGCUCCGGGUGGACAGGGUGACCCAGGUGACCCACAGUGCUCCAGGGUGUCCUUGUGAAGGAGCAGGACCCCAAAAAAGUCACUGUCAUCUCCCAUGAACUGAGUCACCCAUGUUUUGCUGUGCAAGCCCUAGGAUCGGGAAUGUCGGCUGCCUGGGAGCUCCUGCCUUGAGUUUAUGGCCAACAAUGGUUGCAGGGUGCAACUACUUUAAGUAGCUUUAAGUCCCACAGACAGGGGAGUGCUGCCACAGCUCUUGAGUGGCUGUGGUGGGGUCUGGCAGUCACCCGUUCGCUGCAGGGCAGCCCCAUUGCCCAGGCUUAGCCCUCCCGGGAGCAAACAGUGCCUCUCCAGCUGGGAAUGCCAUUCCAGAAAGCAGCCCCUCCUCCCCAAACGCCUGUGGCCAUGGCAGCAGAUUUCAUGCUAGCUGUUUUCCAAAACAUGAGCAAUUAGAGUACUUCUGCUACAUUAGUUCACAUAAAUAAAUACAGCAGUCCCUCAGCAUUAACAGGCACAGAAUUUCUAGCCCUGGGAAUGGCAGUGUCUGGAAAUAAAUAAUUUCUUAAGGAAAAGAAGGGAAAACCUGGACAGUGUUUUUGUCCCGUCUGACAAAUCAUUGCUCAGCUGGAAGAGGUCCGGUGCCACCUGCCACCUUUAGCAAGGUAGGCUUGUUUUCUUGCCCUUGCAGAAACUCUGUCACGUGUUUCUGCCAUCUCCAAGCCAUGUAUUGUUGAAAUAAGAUUUCUUCAAAAUGCACAUUAUGCCAUGUCUGCCAUUCAGCUACCACAGUAUUUUGUAUUGUUACAUAGAUUCAUUAUGAUAAUUGCAUUUUUAAAUGUUAUACUCAUAUAAGUACCUCAUAUUUUUACCUCAUCUGUUGGUAUCAGUCAUUAGYUGUAAAAAGUAACUUCAGAGUUGAAUAAAUUUGCAUACACUAAAGGAUCGUGUUUCUUUGUGCUCUUUUUUCAUCCAUUGGCUCAGGAAAUGCUACAUUUAAACCCUUGUUUUCUU